CUUCAGUCGCUCACUCACCAUUUCUGCAAUUCCUUCACCCAAACGCUCUCAUUUCUCUCUCAUCCUUUCCCUCUCUGUUUAGCUCCGAACUCGCUCCCAUGGCGACUUCUCACUCGGUCGCCGUCACUUUUGCGAUCCUGAUCCUCUCGCUCUGCACCUCGCGAGCUGCUUCCGCCGUCGGCUUCGACCAGUCGGCGAUCUCCCCUUCGGUUUCCGCUACCGCAGCAGCGGCCUCAUCUGCGAACACUCUGUUCCAGCCGUUUCCGCCGAUCCAGUCUCCGUUCCCGUCGGCCGCUCAGUCGACGCCGAUUCCACAGCCUCAGCAGCAGCAGCAGUCGGCCGUCUCUGCUCGCGAUUCCGCAGCCGAUCACUCCUUCAUCCACACAGCUCUCCUGGCUCCGAUCCUCGCUCACCUCGGCUACAACGAGCUAGCCAUGGCGGUUCCGACUCUCUCCUCCGAGUCCACCGCCACCGCGUGGUCCGGGCCUUCGACUCUGUUCGCUCCUUCCGACGCCUCUCUCCACUCCUGCUACUCCUGCUCCGUUCCCAGCCUCCUCCGCGAGCACAUCGUCCCCGGCCUCUUCACCAUGGACUACCUCCGCAAGCUCGCCUUCGGCACUAAGGUCGAGACUCUCACUCCCGGUAAAUGCAUCACCGUUACCUCGAGCUCCGCCAAGAAUUUCACCGCCGCCCCCCCCUCCGCAGCCAAGAUCUUCAUCGGCGGCGUCGAGAUCACUCGUCCAGAUCUGUUCAACAACGGAUUCCUCGUGAUUCACGGAAUCCAAGGCUACAUCGCGCCUCUCUCCCCGUUCUCCUGCGACGUAGAGCGUCUCAACUCGCUCACGUUCCCGUUCCAGCAGCCAGAUCGCGUCCCCGUUUCCGGCGGACCGAACCAGAUCUCUCCGCCGCUCGUCCAGCCCGCGGUCAUGCGAUUGAUGAUGCGAGACGCGAUUCUCCGCCUCCGCAACAACGGAUUCAGCAUCCUUGCUCUGGCGAUGCGAGUGAAAUACCCCGAGCUGAUUGCGCUGAGCAACAUGACGAUCUUCGCUCUCGACGAUUUCUCGAUCUUCUCCGGAUCGUACUCCUACAUCAGCAGCGUGAGGUUUCACAUCGUUCCGAACCAACUGUUGACCAUCGCUGACCUGGAGCGACUCCCCGUCGGAUGCACUCUGCCGACUCUGGAGAGCGGCCAGUCUCUGGUGGUUACAACAGCGGCCGCCGCCGCUUCUUCUACCGGUGGUGUUACGACUCAGCAGGCAGCGCCGAUGAGGAUCAACUACGUCAGGAUCAAACUGCCGGACGUGAUGCGGAACUUGAAGAUUGCUGUGCACGGGAUCUACCUUCCGUUCCCGAGGAUCUACCAGUCUACCACUCCAGCUUCCGGCGCUACUCAGAGUUUCGACCAUGGAGUGUGGGGAUCAGGCACGGUGGAGAACACUCAGGCUGACUCUGCUUCUGCAUCCUCCGACUGUGCUGCUAAGUCAGAGAAGGACGGAAGCUGCGCUAUGGUGCCUGUCCCCCCGGUGAAGGCGACGCUCGAGGUGGAAGACAAUCACUAUGGCCUGUGAAUGGAGCCUUAGGUGAACGAUUCGUUUGCCUCUCUAUCAUCAAUUUUGCGAUUCGGAUUUUAGAUUUCCUGUUCGUUCAGUUUUUCUCUGUAAUUCGGCUGUGGAAUGUUCGUUUGGGAAUCGGGAGGAGUAGCGAGUUCAGUAUCUCAUUCGACUCAGCUGCUGCUACCUGGUGAGUUAUCCGUACGAGUUCUGUACGUAGGCCCGCCGCAGGGGACGACACGUGUGGGCAAACUAUCUUUGGCAGCCCUUCUUUGAAUUGAAUAAAACUUCCCCUUUUUCUGUUAUCUACUCUCGUUUUCUGUUACUUGCAAGUUCAUACAAUUUUUUUCCAGCCAAGGUUCUAUUAGUUUUCAUCUGCAUUCGUAAUUUCCAAGUAGUAAUUCGUGAAUACAUGGCGGUUCUCUUUCAUCGCUUCAUCUCUAACGAACUCCAGCGCCGGUGGGCUGGGUGAUUCCUGGAAAGCUUUGGUUAAUUGGUUUAUGACUAUGAGAAAUGGUGACUGGUGAGUGGUGACCGUUAUUAUCAAAUUUAGAAGAGGAUUCGCUGUUGAGCUAGCCCGUUAAGAUAUCUCUUUUGGCCCAAGUCGAGCUUGGUUUGGGCCUAUUCUUCUUCGCAGUUGGUUCUUCUUUUUCUGAUUUCAAACUGCCGAACAGUAUUAUAAUUAAAAUCCUAUAGCAAAGAAUGCUGGCCCGCUAAAUUCUUUACCAAUUACCAUGGUCCAUGGCUAAGCAACAAAGAAGCUAACAACUGAAAUCAAUAACAAUGAUUCAGAAUUUCCAACGGGAACGUUUUAUAGAUGAACUUAUUUGGGCUAAAUUGCAAGUUUGGUCACUUAAAUUACGAGUAAAGUUCACGCCUGCCACUGGAAUUACUUUAUUCCAUCCGUAGUCACUUAAAUUAGUUCAACGAUUCAAGUUUGGUCACUCUGUUAGUCUCCGUAAAUUUUGUUGACGUGGUAGUCAACUCUGAUGGUUGACCGCUAAACGAGCGACCAUAAUUGUGUACUAGUGUUUACAAAUUUAUUUCUUCAUUAAAAAGAUUGCGUUACA